AUGGUCAAGGCAGACGCACCGCCGCAAUUGACAUUCAGUACAUCCAGAGCCAUGUUUUCUGCUCUUGUCGUCACGUCAAUCGCCUUCGCUUUUGCUCGCAUGGCUCUUGCUCAGGAUGUGCAAUGCAUCACUUACGGCGCCACGGCGUGUCCGUGUACACCGCCGACUCUUGACGACCUCCAAAACCUCAUUUCCGAAUUCUGCGGUGAUAACGGCGGAUAUCCGUACUAUGAAUACUAUGAAGACCUCGAGGCUACGCUGCCGGUUGAAGGUUAUUAUCAAGUCACAAGCGACAGGCCCGGUGGGUUCUCUCAGGCGACGUGCAACAGCGCCCUGAACUAUAUCAUCACCGAAUGUGAUGCAACGAGCGAUUUCUGGAUCACUGGCGUAUACGAAACAGGCGGCGUGACCUUCUCGGUCACUCCUUGCGAGCUGGCAUAA